AUGGUGUCCAAGAAGGCGAACAAGUCUUCGCCCGCCAAAAAUGUCAAAGGCAAGGGCAAGAAGGCCGACAGCACUCCGAUGCCCCCUACCCUGUUAAUCGCCUCGAUCGCCGCUUUCCUUUCCAAAUCCGGCUUCACCAGCACCAGUGAAGCGUUUACAAAGGAAUUGACCGCGAAAUCUUUGAACAAAGCCGUGACCGAAGCGAAGAAUGUGCCCUCGUUGCUCGGUAUCUACAAAUGGGACGGCUCGAGCAGCAGUAAGGACGAGAGCGACAGCAGCGAUGACGACAGUAGCUCCAGCGACUCUGACGUCUCGAUGAAGUCUGCUAGCUCGUCUUCGUCUUCGUCUUCAUCCUCAUCCUCGUCCUCGUCCUCGUCCUCGUCCUCCUCGUCGUCUUCUUCCAGCUCUGAUAGCGAUGCUGAUGAUGAAGAUGAGGAGGAUGAGUCUGAACCCGCUCCCGCUCCCAAAAGCCAGUCCCAAGGAGUGAAGCGCAAGGCGGAUUCCAGCUCCUCAUCUUCCGACUCGGACUCCGACGAGCCUCCCAAGACUAAGAAGACCAAGACGGAAGCCUCAACCUCAUCCGACUCUUCCUCAGAAUCGUCCUCUUCGGACUCGGAAUCUUCUUCGGCUUCUUCCUCCUCGUCGGAUUCCUCUUCGUCGGAUUCUGAAUCCUCCAGCGACUCAUCAUCAUCCUCGUCCACCUCCGACUCCGACUCGUCCAGUUCUGAUUCCGAAUCAGAAGACGACAAGGCCGCCAAAAAAGCCGAUAAGAAAGCCCUGAAGGCCGCGACCAAGACGCCUCUGCCCCCUUCCGACUCCAGCUCCAGCGGCUCGAGUGACUCCUCGUCGGAUGACGACUCCGGCGACGGAAAGAAGAAAUCCGACAAGUCGUCGGCCUCUAGCGAUUCUAGCAACAGCAGCGGAACCCUGCAGAACUCCGGAUCGGACGUCCCGAAGAACAGCAGCAGCGCUCAGCAGACCAGCUCCUCCAGCGCGAGCCCGGCCCCCGGCAACGGAAACAAGAAGAGACACACCGGCGCCCGCCCGACCCCCCUCGCUGUCCUGAGCGAGCAGCCUCAUGACCACCCAUCGAACGAUUACGUGCCCUACGCCUAUGCCGAGAAGGCCUGGAAGGAUCUGUCCGUCACCCGCGGCAAGGGCUUCACCAAGGAGAAGAACAAGAAGAAGCGUGGUUCUUACCGUGGCGGUCCCAUUGAUAUCUCCGGCGGCAAGUCCUUCAAGUUUGAGGAUUGA